AUGUUAUCUCGCGUGGCUUGUCAAAAAAAUGCUUUCCUUCACUUACGGCGGACUCAGGCCUGCCGACCAUCGUUCCAUCUGCCGACAACACGUUUUCAUUCAUAUUCGAGCAAUCGGAAUCCGCUUUUGAAUCUAUCGUCCAAUUCAAUUCACGAUCGCCCACGCAAUCCGUCUCCGCAAUCAGAACGUCGCCUUGCUACGGCCGCUGAUCACCCUAGCAUCGAUGGGCAUUCGCUGGAUACUUACGAUCACUUCAUGCACAUGCCGUUUGAGAACUUCGAUACAUCAUCCUUAAUUAUCCUCGACUCGACGCCACAAUCGCAAUCAAAAAUUUUCCGCAGGAGACAUGGUAUCGGCGGUGAUGAAAUGGAGAUGAAGGCCAAUCUAGAGCUCUCACUGAAGCUUGGAGAAUUCGAGCGAGCCUCUGGGUUGAUUGUUCGCCUCGGCCAUUAUCACCCGCCUGGCUCGGAUGAAUAUCUCCUUAUGCACAACCGUUUCAUGAAAAGUAUGGUGGCGCAUAUGAUUCUCAACCGGCAGCAAGAUAUGGUUCUACCGUUACAGAAGUGGUUUGAAGUUGAUAUGCCUGCUGGUGGCGUGACACCGGAUGCAAGCACCUUCGCGAUUAUGAUUCGAAUGGCGCUGCGUAUGCUUCAUGGAUCGAAGCGCGACAGAACUGUCCGUCGAUACUGGGAACUUGCCCAAAACGCGGGCUUGGAGGAAGAACUUGUCGGUAUUGAGGUUCUUGAGGACUCUGACGUUGGUGAACUGUCUAAGAUUUGCUCCUCCGACAUGUUGGACUUGGUCUCGAAAUACAUGGAACUCUCCCCAACUACUGAACUGCCUUCCCUACCUUCCGCAAUCGUCGAUGAUACCCCCCAGGUCCAACCUGCUCACCAAAGGGGAUUGGGACUGGCAUCUCUGAAGCAGUCCCUGUCCCUCUUCUCCGGUAAAAGCAAUAUAUACUUGCCCGAAAAUUUCACGGGCACCGAAGAAGAAGGAAAGCAAUUGAUUUCAGAUUUGAGGCAAACACGACUUGAAGCUGACAGUCUUGAUUCGGCCCUCUGCCGUUGGCGCUCGGAUAAUGCCGAGAGACAAAAAUCCGGGUUCAACGUCGCUUCCGAUGAGAAAAAGCUCAGCGGAAUCAUGAGCCAAUGGCACGCGGACCUUGUGAAAAGAAUCAAGAAGGAGCUUGCGCUCGUUGAGGAGGCUCUUUCGUCUCGUAUCAUAAGCCAAGAGCAAAAAGAGCGCUGUGAAUAUGGUGUGUUUUUGCAAGCCCUCGAUCCCGACCGAUUAGCUGCACUCACUCUCUUGUCUGUGAUGUCGUUGUUCAGCCGCCAGGGAAUGGACAGGGGAAUCAAACUUUCUGCUAUUGCUUCGGUAACUGGAAAAGAGCUGCAGGAUGAACUCAUUGCCGACUCCUAUUUGAAAAAGAGCAAGUCUAUGGAUCCGAAUCGUCUGAAGGCACUGAAGCAGGUACUCUCAAACCGCAAAGACAAGCAAGGCCGACUUCGAUGGCAAUCUCUCGUUGAGAAGAUCACUGCAGACGACGAAUCUGUAAUAUGGGGCUCUCGCUCACAAGUCAAAAUCGGUGCUGUUUUGAUGGGCAUGUUAGUCGAAGUUGGGAAAGUCGCGGUUUGGGCCGAGGAUCCUCUCACCAAAAAACGGACCCUCACUAUGCAACCAGGCUUCGACCAUUCUUAUCAGAUUCACUUCGGGAAACGAUCCGGUCAUAUCCACAUGAAUAAAAAACUUGUGGAAAUCGUUGCCAGAGAGCCACCCGCUGAGCUGUUGGCCCGCCACCUCCCCAUGGUUUGCAAACCUAAACCAUGGACAGGGCCAAGAACUGGCGGGUAUAAGAUAUACGAGACCAACCUAGUGCGCACUACUCCCGGUGAACUACUACAACCAGCCUACCUCAAAGCUGUCUUGAAAGAGGAUGGGCUGAAAGAGAUCCGAUCAGGCCUCGAUGUUCUCGGUUCCACUGGGUGGAAGAUCAACCAACCGGUUUUUGACGUGAUGCUCGAAGCUUGGAAUGGCGGGGAGGCUAUAGGAAAGCUUGCCCCCUUGGAUCCAGACCUACCAUCACCAGAACAACCAAGUCCAGAUGCCGACUACGGAAUCCAAAAAGAGUGGCACCAAAAGAUUCGUGAGAUCGAAAAUCUUCGUUCUGGAUAUCAUUCCGUUCGAUGCUUCCAGAACUUUCAGCUUGAGGUAGCGAGAGCUUACCGAAAAGAGGUCUUCUAUCUGCCCCAUAACAUGGAUUUCCGUGGGAGAGCUUACCCACUCCCUCCCUACAUGAAUCAGAUGGGAGCUGACAAUUCAAGAGGAUUGCUUCUUUUCGAUAAGGGAAAGGCACUCGGGGUAUCUGGCAUGCGCUGGUUGAAAAUUCAGAUUGCAAACUUGUUUGGAUUUGAUAAAGCGAGUAUGUCUGAACGGGAGCAAUUCACAAUGGACAACUUGGAUAAUGUUCUUGACUCUGCCAACGCGGGACUCCAUGGGCGACGGUGGUGGCUCCAGGCUGAGGAUCCAUGGCAGCUUUUGGCAGCGUGUUGCGAACUCCGGAACGCCUUGCAGCUCCCUGAUCCCACGGAAUACAUUUCCCAUCUUCCAAUUCACCAAGAUGGCUCUUGCAAUGGACUUCAACACUAUGCCGCUCUGGGUGGUGACCGUGUCGGCGCCCAACAGGUCAACCUUGAACCAUCUGAUCGCCCUUCAGAUGUCUAUACCGGUGUGUGCGAGUUUGUCAAGGAAGCCAUCGCACAGGACGCAGCCAAUGGUGACAAGUUCGCUCAGCGUCUCGUAGGCAGAGUCACCAGAAAGAUUGUGAAGCAGACGGUCAUGACUAAUGUCUAUGGCGUGACUUUUUUGGGCGCGACGAGACAGGUCAAAAGACAGCUUAUCGACUAUCUCCCUGAGCUUGAUAACUCAGAGAGGAACACCGCAGCUUUCUACAUCGCAACAAAAAUUUUCGGCGCUCUGGGAUCCAUGUUCAACGGAGCCCAUGAGAUCCAAUAUUGGCUUGGUGAUUGUGCCCAACGUAUUACACAGUCUGUCACACCGGAGCAAAUUGAGGAGCUCACGCAAGCAGCAUUAGUACCCAAAGAGGAACGCUCCGAGGAUUAUUCGACAUCCACUGAUCCAGAGAAAUCCUUCAGGUCGACUGUGAUUUGGACCACCCCCCUGGGUCUCCCAGUGGUCCAGCCAUAUCGCACUCGCAAGACGCGUCGUGUUGCGACUAGUUUACAAGACAUCAGUCUUGUUGAACCCGGCUCCGAUGAUGUCGUUUCAAAGCGCAAGCAGCUCCAGGCCUUCCCGCCUAACUUUAUCCACUCUCUUGAUGCCACACACAUGAUCAUGUCCGCCAAUGCAUGCCAUGAAGCGGGCCUGACUUUUUCCGCUGUCCAUGAUUCAUUCUGGACUCACGCUGCCGAUAUCGACCAGAUGAACCUCAUUCUUCGAGAUGCCUUCGUUCGCAUGCAUUCCGAUGAUGUUGUCGGGCGCCUCGGCGCUGAAUUUAAAGUGCGAUAUGGCAAGAACACGUUCCUGGCCAGAAUUCCUCGCACCACCCGCAUUGGUCGGGCGAUCUUCGCGCACCGUCAAAGCACUAGGGUAUCCAAACUCCAAGAGUUGAUCAACGAACACCGACGGCAAACAUUACUCAACUCGGAAGAUCCGGAGGAUCAGGCCGAGGGUCGUGCCAUGGUGACACCCUGCAGUAUCUUUGAAGCGCUAGGCGGUACACACUCUGACCUGACCACCUACAAAACAAUGGGUGAGAACUCAAUCGGGCACAUUCCCGAUGUUCUGCCAGAUGCGAAAACAGGAGGUUCAAUCGACACCAACGAUCCGGCCAUUGAAAGCCUGGUCGGUGACCUCGAGAUGUUUGAGGCAAAGCAGACCCGUGGCGAGAUAUCCACCGAAAUGCCGGAUGAUGUCCAUGGUGAACCUUCCGAACAUGAGUCUCAGAGCUCUGCGCAGCCAAAGGAGAAGCAGAAGCGCCAGUUAGCCACGUGGUUAUGGAUGCCUCUAACCUUCCGCCCAGUUCCUAAAAAGGGCGACUGGGACCUGACCCGUAUUCGCGAGAGCGAAUACUUCUUCUCGUGA